AUGGGAGACACCAUCACUGCCGCCGCUGCUAUUGCUCCUUCGGCUGCUCUACCGGUGACAUCUCCAUAUUUUUUACACUCAUCGGAUCAGCCGAAUGCCUCUUUGGUUACACCUCCUCUUGAUGGAAACAAUUUUCUCACUUGGCACAGGGCAAUGACCAUGGCCCUUGAGGCCAAGAACAAGAUCUCUUUUAUUGAUGGCUCUCUGCUGCGACUUGCUGCAACUUCUCCGGACCUACCUCAUUGGAUCCGAUGCAAUAGCAUGGUCCGUUCUUGGAUCGUGCACUCAACGAUUCCCACCAUUGCACACAACAUUCUUUGGUUUGAUUCAGCCAGGGAUGCAUGGCUCGAUCUCCACACUCGGUUCUCUCAAAAAAAUGCGCCACGCAUUUUUGAAAUAUGUCGUGCUAUAUCCACUCUUAGCCAAGGAAUGGACUCCAUCUCUGCAUAUUAUACCACGCUGAAAGGGCAUCGUGAUGAGUUGUCUUCAUAUCGAUCCCUUCCCGCCUGCACUUGUGGCUCAGUUACUGAACUCCUUGCGAUAUCAGAGAUGGACUACUUGAUGGAUUUUUUGCAAGGUUUGAACGACUCCUAUGCGGCUGUACGCAGCCAGAUUCUACUUAUGGAUCCAUUGCCGUCAGUUCCGAAGGUGUACUCUCUCUUAUUGUAG